CUCUCAACUCCCCCGCUAUCUUUGGGUGCGUUUCUCUUCGUUUAACGAUGAAAGUCUAUGCAUCAUAGACUUGAUGAAAUGGCAGCCCCGGAAGAGGUCACUGUGUCAGUGGGAGAGGUGGUGAUGUUGAAAACUGAUGUUGAAGGUGACUCAGAUGACCCAAAUAAGACCCAGGUCAUUUUGCAGCUUCAGCCCAUCGAUGCUGGAGACGAGACUGCUGAAACGAAUGCAGCAGUCAUGACUGUUGAAGCACUUCCGGAACAUGGUGAGGGGGAAGACAUGGAAAUUGGAUGUCCCAUAACAUGUGGUGAAAGUGAAGCUGUCCUGUUGCUGAAGAAGUUUUUGUGUCCAGGAAUCAAUGUCAAAUGUGUGAAGUAUGAAGACCAGCUGAUCAGCCCAAAGCAGUUUGUACAUCUUUCAGGGAAAUCAACGCUAAAGGACUGGAAAAGGGCUAUUAGGAUGGGUGGAGUCAUGCUCAGAAAAAUGAUGGACUCUGGGAAGCUCGACUUCUACCAGCAUAGCAAGUUGUGUGCCAACACGUGUCGUAGCACCAAGUUUGACAUUCUCAUCAACAACACACGCUUUCCACCAGACAGCAGUGGACUAACAACGCCUACGUCAUCACAAGGCCUGGCGCUUGCGGGUAACGGAGGAUCCACGGGUGAGGAGGGAGCAGAGCUGCUUAGUGGAAAGUCAGACUUGAAGUCCUCCUCUCUAGAGGCAGCAGUCAAACAGAACUCCUCAGAAAUCUCAGAGGAUGCCUUGACUUUCUGGAAGGGAAUAGCCGAUGUUGGGCUUCUGGGUGAGGUGGUCACCAAUGUCAGCAUGGAGCUGAUGGAAAUGUUAAACAGUGUGCGGGAACGGCAGGAUUCAGUCGCAUUGCAGGAUACAGAUUCCUGUCUGGUAGAGGUGGCCGUGCUCAAUAACCUGUCCCAGGUGUUUGGCCUGCUCAACAUGGUCCAGACGGCACUGGAGAAGAAGAGACAGGAGACGGAUCCCAGCCAGGAGCAAAUUCUUAACACGCUCAAUAAUCUGGAUGUACAGCUGGAGGAGCAGAAGAAGCAGCAGCAGCUCCGAGCUCUUCUCUCCUGUCCUCAACUUGCUAAAAACAAGAGUCCAACAAAGCGUCAGACCAAACGUCCUCGUCUCCAGAGACCCUCAUCCACUACCACCCUGCUCACCUCUCCGAUCAAUCUGCAAGCAUCCCCACAACCUCAGCAGUUCACUGUCCUGUCCCCCAUCUCUCUAUCAUCUGUUGGGCAACCCAUCACCAUGACAGGUUUGCCCAUCACUUCUUUGGCACCGUCCUCGAACAAGGUCACCCUGCUGCCUGCCAACUCCCAGCUCUUCACGCGGUACAUGUUUGCCGGAGAUGGAAAAACGGAGGCCAUCACUCUUCACCCGUCGUCUGGACUCACGCUGGUGGGCACCACGGCUGUUCAGGACUCCGGCCAGCUGGUGAGUCCAGUGGAGCUGGUUCAUCUGAGUCAGCAGCCAAGCAGCCGUGGACAGGCCGUCAGCACUGCCAUGCUGGUGCAGCAGGAGGUGGACACCAGUCAGGAGCACACAGUGAUCGAGAUCAAUCCCACACCCAUGGAACAGACGGUGGGCAUCAUGGAGCUCCAGCUCCAAGGGGAUUCAGAGCAGGAAGGUGUGGAGUUGACAAUGUCUGCGGAAGCAGAGACCUCCCACGGCCAAAUGCAGCAGACACAGACUGAGCUGGUUCAAGGGUUGCAGCUGGAUGCAAAUGGACAUCUGUCAGGUGUUCAAUUUGUGGUGUUUGAACAGAACACUCCGAAAGAAACAGACUCAAAUGAGCCAUGAGAACAGACGUAGCUAGGUGCCUCAUUUUUGAAGUUGGUUGGACAGUUAGAGGUUUUUGUCGGUUUCAAAUCACAAUUCACAACUUUCUUUACUCCCCUGUGCAUCAUGACCCAAAAAUGUAGAGAAUUUCAAUGAUGUCAAACUACAUUUAUUUGUAAGUUAUAUUGUUUUGGGUGUGGUCAUGUUCCAGUGCCCAGGCAAUUAAGUUAUCUUCCAUUCUGACCUUAAAUUAUGACUUGUUUUGUGUACAGCACAGAACAGUACAAUUUCCCCAAAAGUCAUUUACACUGUAUUUGUGUUUUUAUUUUCAGAAGAAAACUGAACAACUCUGUGUGAUGUGCUUUCUGGGUGAAUGGAAAUUGGUUCAGAAGAAAACUGAACAACUCUGUGCGAUGUGCUUUCAGGGUGAAUGGAAAUUGGUCUAAGACACCAGAGUUAUGACAUUAUUGUGGUUUAUUUCGUAUUAUUGUGCUUGAUGUCAGUGUUGACGUUGCUCUUUCAAAUACAGGUCUGGCUAAUCCGUUCGUAGUUGGAAAGUAAGUAAUGAGUAAGAUGAUGAAUGUGAGCUUCUAUGCUGCCGUAACAAACUAAUAGAAAAAACAUACUGCUUAACCUAGGGCUGUGAAAUCAAAAUGCUGAAAACAGCCAACGCAAAGCAAACAGGAAUAGAAGCGCUUGCUUCCAGAUUGCGAUCGUUCG